GGGUCUAGGUGGCCAACGGAAACGGAUACGAGCCUCCGGGAACAUUCUAGCACAAUCAACUCACUACUACACUAAUUUGCCCAUUCCUUAUACAUAAAAAAAAUAAAAAAUUGCUGAUUCCUUUUUCCAGCACCUUCUAAAUUCUGGCUCCCAAAAUUAUAAAUACGCGAUUUCACCUCCCAUAAACCACUCAUUAUCAGCAACAAGCAUUCCAAACCUCGUGUUCCAAAACUAAUAAAAUCGUUGCUUGAUUCACAGAAAAUGAAGGCGGUGGUGGACAAGAAGCACGACAAAGUGGUGAUCGCGGCGGAGUGCGGCGCGGACGAAGGGCGGAGGCACGUGGAGAAGGUGGAGCUGCGGACCCACGACGCGGAGACGGUGAAGCACGUGGAGAGGAAGAUGGCCGACAAGGGCGUGGGCCGGCUCGACCGCCACCCGGCCGACGGGCUGCCGCUGAAGCACCAGCCCAAGAAAGGCCACGGCGGCAAGUACACGUGGGAGGGCCCGCACAAAGAGUUCGAGGCCGAGGCCGAGGCCGCCGUAGACGACAAGGAUCCCAACUACAUUGAGGAUGAUGGGAUGGUGGUGGGAGAGGUGGAGACGCCUAAGGUGGCGCCGGAAGGGGUGGCCCGUUUGGAAGUUGAUCCAUCGCUUCAAACAUAGCUAGAUUAACGCUCCGGAUUUUUGGAGCCAAGCGUCGUUGUGUUGUAUUGAUUUUUUUUUUUUUUUUUUUUUUGGGAGUUGGGGAGGGGGAGCAGUGGGGUUUGAACUCGGUACCUUAUUAUUUAUACAUAGAAGGUCGCACCGCUUAGGUGUCCCUUUGGGGACUUGUGAUGUAUUGUGUUAUUAACCGGUUUUUCAUUUGUGUUUGAAUUUUGUGUACUAUGUUGACUGUGAAAUUGGAAGACGGUAGCAAUUUGUUGU